AAAAGCCCCGCCCACAUCAGACUUCUGUUUCAUGCUAAUUCCCCUUCUAAUCGUGUAUUCUUUUGGGGUUGCGCGUGUUUUAGCCAAACAUAACCUGUAAUUUAUUGCAAAUGACAGGGUUGUUCUUUAAUUCACAUUCAUAUUCUGUGAUAAGAGCCAGCUAGGUCGUGCGGUGUUAAUAUGUCAGCUGUACAGUUAGUCAUUGGCUUGGCAGUAGGUGAAAUGGGCUCAAAGUGCAAGCUGUGAUCUAACAAAAAGUCAGUUUCACACGCUGCCGAUGCGUCUGUUUACAGCACUGAGGGAGCGAAGGCCUUCUCUUGCUGCAGGUCUGUUGGCUUUGAGAUCGAGGGUGGCGCGAGGACAGAUCAGGAUGUCAUCAUCACUUCCUGUGGCAGCAGUUUGUCAGAUGACUGCCACCCCUGACAAAGAGGCCAACUUCAGCGUAUGUAUGCGAUUGGUGGAGCAGGCCAAAGAGGGCGGGGCGAGCAUGGUCUUCCUGCCGGAGGGCUUCGAUUAUAUUGGCUCGAACCGUGAGGAGACGCUGGCGCUCUCAGAGACUCUGGACGGUGACAUCAUAAGCCGCUACACCCACCUGGCCAGGAAGCUGGACGUGUGGCUGUCUCUGGGUGGAUUUCAUGAGAGAGGACAUGACUGGAAAACAGACCGCCGCAUUUAUAACAGCCACAUUAUCAUUAACGGUCAAGGUGAGAUCGUGUCGGUCUACAGGAAGGGCCAUUUGUUUGAUGUGGAGUUGACCAGUAAAGGUGUGUCUCUUAAAGAGAGCGCUUUCACUGUGCCCGGACCUCGACUGCUUCCGCCCGUCCAGACGCCCAUCGGAAAGGUUGGUCUGGGUGUCUGUUAUGAUCUGCGUUUUCCUGAGCUGUCGUUGGCGCUGCAGAGACACGGAGCAGAAAUCCUGACAUACCCAUCAGCCUUCACUGUGGCCACAGGAGAAGCACACUGGGAGGUGCUUCUGCGGGCGAGAGCGAUCGAGACGCAGUGUUUCGUUAUGGCGGCGGCACAGGUCGGAGCUCAUCACGCCAAGCGGACGUCCUACGGACACGCUCUGGCAGUGGACCCGUGGGGUGUGGUGAUCGGGGACUGCGGGGGUACGGAUGUGGGCGUAACGCUGGUUCAGAUCGACCUGCAGGCACUACAGGACGUCAGAAGGGACAUGCCAGUGCAGCAGCACCGGAGAGAGAAGGACUUUUACUGCAGCUUGGACUAAAACACAUAUUUAUACAAUGAACAUGCCUUUUAUGUUAUAAAUAAUACACAUUGACGCAUAGUGACGACUUAUUGUGUAUUAAUUCAUGACUUCUUAAUAAAUUUGACCCAAGUUGUAUUAGAAAUGA